AUGUUCAUCGAACGGGUCGCUGAGCUGGGCCUUCUCGAGCAUGCCAUCGACACAAACAUCCUAUCCGCCUUCCCGCUCCCGACCCGCCUCACCCUCAUCUCCUCCGUGACCUCCUGCCUGCUGCCCAACUCCACGCUCGUCGCGGCCCCACCGGCGCUGCUCACGUCCGCCGCGCAUGUGCGGUGGGCUAUGGAGGUUGUGGGGCAGGGGUUUGCGUUGCCGAUUGAGGAGUGGGGGGUUAUUAGGGCGUGUUUGGGGGUUUAUGCGAGUUGGCUGGGGGGUGGGAAUGGGGAGGUCGGGGGUGCUCCCGUGGCGAUUGGGGAAUUGACGGGGACGGAGGUUGAGCAGAGGUUUUGGCAGACAAUCUUCGAACAACUCUCCCUCCUCUUCCAACCACGCUCCCCCACCCUCCCCACAACAGCCGCAGCAACGUCGCCCCCACCAAGCUUCCCCGCGCCACUGGCUCCCCCACCCAAUCUCGGCUCCGCAACAGACCCCACCGACCUGCUCAGCAUUCACGUCGACCUCUGCCACACGGCCCUCUCCAUAAUCUCCACCGCGGCCCGACAGCUUGGGGAAGAGUUCUCGGAGGAGACGUGGAUUGUGCUGUUGAAGGUUAUGUUGGGGGUUGCGGAUUGUUUGUUGGGCUUGCCGGUGGGGAGCCAACAGCCAUCUCAUCAGCAUGGCGAGACGGGGAGGGGGAAUGAGAGGGAACGGGAGAAGAGGGAAGCGACGGAUUUGGGAACCUAUGGACCGAGGAUGGCCGAUGCUCUCUGCCAGCACCUCAUCCGCGUGCUCAUCGAGUUAUGGUUACGUGCUGGAGUCCGACGAGUCUACAUGUGGGAUUGUCUCAAGAAAUACUUCACAACAUGGACACACCGCCUCCCCAUCCUGCACCAAUGGAACGCGACCAUCCUCGGGCUCACCAAACGGGUUGUUGGGCUGUUGUAUGGGACGAAUGAGGGGGCUGAGAGGGUUGUUAUUGAUGUCGACGAGAACUACAACGUGACGCUCGUACUCGACACCGAAUUCGUGUAUUACGCGUGGCAUCGCACGAUCUAUCUGAUAGGAGACCCUAAUGCGCUGCUAGCGGCGAAUUUCGAGGUUGCUGUUAAGGGCAUUGGCGCUGUCGUGCACGUAUGGCAUCGGAUUGGGGGUGAUGAAGAGCCUGCCGACCGCCACACCCCCGGCGUGCCUGACGGCAGCACCUUGCUGCAUAUGUUUGGGACGUGGUUGUUUGAGGCGACGACCAAGACGGGGUCCGAUUACUCGGCGGGAAGGGCAGAAGCCCUCGGCAUCCUUUGCCGCAUCUUCUGCCAACCGCAGCGGCGACGGCGGUUUGAGCGGACGUAUCUGGAACGCUUCUACACGGCAGUGAAAGAGGGUCUCCGCAACGACACCCGCGCCAUAACCUCCAUCCUCCUCAACAGCGGCACCCUCUUUGCGCGCGACCUCUCCGGCUCCCGCAUCCUCGUCCCCGAUUUCGUCAUCGCCUUACGUCGUAUCUUACCCCGUCCUGCCUCCCAUAAUACCCCUGCCCAUCAAAAUGCCCCCCAUCCCCAACAACAGAAAUCAACCGCGACAGCAGUAAACGACGGAAUCCUCCGGCGCGCGGCAUAUACGGUGAUCGGAUGCAUCAUCGCACUGCCCAAUCAUUUCGAGAGUGUCCCGUUGAGCCAGGCGUGGAUGGGGUAUGAUAAGUAUGUUGGGGCCGCGGCGGGGAUGGGGGUGGGGAAAGGAGGGGAGGAUGCGUUGCUUUUGCGGACGAUUAAGGCAAUGUAUGCGAAUAGCGAGGACCCGCAGGUUGGGGGAGAGGACGUGCCGCUGUUCAAAAAGCUCAAAGCCCACCUCGCAGAAAUGCUCAUCGCCUCCCUCACCACCGAACACUCCCCGCCCAACGCGCGCUACAUCCUGCACCUCGUCAACAAUUUCGUCGCGGAGGAUGUGGCGUUCUGUCCGGGGUUGCCGGCUUUGGUUAUUCGGGUUGUGCAGGAGAAGCCGAUAAGAGGCUGGCCCCCAGAUGUCGCCCGCACGGCGUUCCAGACGCUCAACACGUUGUCGCAUUUCUAUCAGUAUAUCUGGCGGGAUAAUAAGAAUUGUCCCCGCGAGCUGGUUUUGAGUUUAUGUCGGUAUGUCGACCAGAGUUUGCUGGAGGAUAACUUAGUGGCAGCGCAACCCCUCAUCAUCGCCGCCUACGACUGCCUCGUCCGCUGGGUAACCGCGGGCGACUGGAUCACGGACGACAAAGAAUGCCACCGGGCCGUCAUCGCGACCCUCUGCCGCGGGAUCGGGCUGCUGGACCGCGAAGACGAGUUUGCAGCCGUCAGCCCGCCCAACACCUACUCCGGGUUGUCCCCACAGCACUCCUCCUCGCUGACCGCAAGCUCGACCGUCGGCAAUCUGAGCCAGCUCGCCAGCGGCGGGGUUGGGAUUGGGAUCGCGGCGUAUGGCGUGGAAACGGGGGGAGGGGAUAAGAAGAAAGGGCAGCGGCAUACCAUCGCGGCGUCGAAACUUAUCCCCAAACUCCGCGGGUCCGCGGCGCCGAGCGCGGCGGGGUCAGUGAGCACGGGGACGAAAGAUGCCGGUUUGGGGUUACCGACGUUUGCGAACCUGACGGCCGAGUUGACGAUCAAAGGGGCCGCGGAGAUGGCGUUGGCGCAUAUGGUGAAUCAUCUCGGGCAUUUUCCGCCGUAUGGAGAGGUUACGGGCGUCGCGAAGGUUAGUAGUAUGUGGGAUGAGGAGGGGGAGGUUGGGAGGAUUGUAGCGGUGAGGGAGGCGUUGGGGAAGAGACGGCGCAGGCAGAUGUGGGCGGAUGAGUUUGGUGCAAGGGAUGGGAGUAGUGAUGAAGACGGGGACGAGGAUGGGAACGCGAGUUCGUUGACCGCGGAGGAGGUGGCUGCGUUACCCACUCCUAAAGUCACGCUGGCGGAUUAUCGCAAGUAUAUGCGGUUCUAUGCGUACGAGAAACGGAUCAUCAUUGGAAUUGUCGAGACGCCACAUUGGGCGGUACUUGACGACCCAGCAGAGGCGCGGAAGGAGACAGCGUCGGUGACGGGCAGACUGCCGGAAAGUGGUCGAACCUCGUCCCUCUCACGGCCUUCCGCAGGACAAGUCUCGCGAUUGGGUGGCCCAAAACGCCUCACACCGUACAUGACCCUCGUCCUACGUGACGCGACUGGAAAGUACACUUGGAUGAGUUCGCUCCGGUACGUCGAGGAGGACUACCGUACGCCGGACACGACCAUGGAUCAACCACCCUCAGCGGCCGAAACAACAGCGGAUACCUCCGUGGCAUCUCUCCCCGCGCAGACCGACGCACCAAGUGAGACUCCCGGGUCGCCUCAGCCUCCCAAGAUCACCAUCUCGUCUGACUCUCGUCACGGCUCUGCCGAAUUGGGCACAUGCAGUUCCAGCAGCACUGACGACGUCCACCAUGCAUCGGCUGGCGAUAUCACCUCACCUGACCAGUCGAUUAUUCCCUUCAUCAAUGCCUCCAACGCGCCUGCAUCUCCCGUAUCCCCGCAACAACAAACAGGGGUCACGGUGCAAACAUCAACAUCUCGGUCUCGCCAUUUCGUCCCGGCAGCCUAUCCCUACACCCCCAAAGGUGCAUCGGUCGUGCACUACAAAUGCGUGAACGAGACGAGUAUCCCGGCCCUGGACGACGUACUAGGCGACGGCGACACGGAUCGUAAAGGACAUGAAGUGAUCAAGAAGGUAACGCAGAACCAGAUCCAGAUGGAGCAGGAGUGGGCGGACAACGUCGACAAAAGUGGUGCUCACCUCCCGCAAACCACGGCCGCCAUCCCGCCAGCACCCGUGGAUCUCACGGAUCCCCACACCAAGACCCCCAACGCGUUCCGGAUCUUCCUCUCCCAGUUCGGACUCCUGAAACCCGACCUGCAGUCGCGACUCUGGCCGCUGACGAUGACCGACGCGCUGCUGGAGGAGCUGAAGCGAGUGGACAAGCUACCCGAACGCGAUUGUAUGAGUAUUUCGGUGCUGUUCUGCAGAUCGAGUAACGACUCGGUUGACGAGAUCUUGCAUCGGGCUACGGUCAGUAAUGACUUUGAUGAGUUCAUGCACUGCUUGGGCUGGCCUGUCGAUCUGGCGACGCACGUCGGGUUCAAAGGCGCACUGUCUUCGUCUAUCGCCGAUACUGCGCCUUACUUUGCAAGCAAACAUGUCGAGAUGGUCUUUCAUUGUCCGUACUACAUCCGACGAGCGAAACCGUUGCCAGGAUCGCAGUCCUCGUCAUCACCAGCCGCGCCCGCUUUAUCACAUACUUCAAUUCAAACCUCUUCUCCACAGAAAGCCCGCUCUACAUCGCCCCAACGAACCGUCCCGCGGCCGCUAGGCGUGCCCCGCGAACGCCCCAUCUCGCAUCCCCCGGCUCGCAUCUCGGCUGCAUCUUCGGCGGUCGUAAAGGGCACCCCAGCCGCCGCUGGACUCGUACCGGAGCUGGACCCGACCCUUACGAAAGAACACGCGACGUCAGCGAGCCACGUCUCACUUGCAUCCUCGGUCUCCAUGUCGAUGCGUAACAUCCCCACUUCUGCUACAUCCGAGGUGUCACCCUCAUCAUCAUCGGCAUCAAAACCACCCACCACAUCCCACGCAUCCAACCCCACCCACCCGCACGACUUCCUCACCCACCUCACCCACGACGACGUCGUCACGCUCAUCUGGAUCGAAGACAUCUACCGCCUCUCGCGCAUCCAGCAGCGGCUCGUGCGCGCCGGCUCCCUCGCGCAGAUCUACAUCUUUGUGCAUCCGCUCCCGCACGCCCCCGGGUUGUACUGGAUUCGCAUCCUGCCGGUGGGAGGCGUGCAUCCGACGCCCGGGUCGGUCGGCGGGCAUCACCAUCAUCAGCAUCCGGCGUUGGCGAGCUUGCAGGGCGUGGGACAGGCCGGGAGUGAGGAUUUGACGAAAAUCGGACCAUUGAUGGACGGCAUGAUCAUCAGCCGGCACACGCUCGGCACGCUGGUCCGCGCCACGGCGCAACGGGCGCAUAAGCAUUGCAAGGCGCUCAAGAUGAAUUACCGUCGGCCAACACUGAUCCGCCGCCACGACAUCGAAGGGCUGUGCAACAAGCACAAGGCGAGCUUAUCACUGGGCCGCUUCUACGCCGACCUGUUCACAUGA